UUCAUAACAGAAUCAGUACUGUUAUCAUUCUGUUACAACCUUCAUCAUGCAGGAGAUUUCAACGUCGGUGCCGGAGAUCACCGCCGUCGAUGAGCCGUUACUCUCACCAACUCACGUCACUGCCGCCGCACCGUUCCCCGGAGGAGAUCGGCGAGUCCGCAUGCUGCUAGGUCUCUUCGCUCGCCGUCGUGGAGCGUCAAUGGUGGUGCGCCAGAACGUUGCACGGCAGUUGGAGGAUUGGCGAGAGGAUUGGGGAUAUUCGCUUCCGGUUGUUGUUAUAGAGACGCUGUGGAACCUUGCUUUUGUUGUGGUUUCGUUUGUUACGUUGUUUUGGAUUGCGCGGGAAGAGAGGAAUGUGAGACUUAGGGUUUGGAUCUGCGGUUACUCGGUGCAGUGUGUGGUUCAUAUGGUGCUUUUGUUGUUGGAGUAUAGGAGGAGGAUUAGGAGAAUGUCAGUAGACCCUUGGAGGCUGAUGAGUAGCGGCUCAAGCUUGGAGAACGUUGGAGAUCAUGUUACUCAUCCAAUCAGAUGGGAAAUGGUUAAUAAAGUGAUAUUUUACAUGUGGUGGCUAAUUGGCUUCAUUUGUGUGCUGUCUUCUUACACUAAUCAGGGCAGUGCUCCAGUUCUAUUCUGGUUGACUAUGACAUUUUUGGCUAUGGACGUGUUCUUUGCUGCGAUUCGCUUUCUGUUCGUAUGUUUACUACUGGUUGCUUGUUGUUUUUGCUUGCCCUUCAUUAUUGCCUUCUUGUGCUACAUCAGUCGCGAGGGACCUGCAUCAGAGGCUGACAUCAUCAGCCUUCCCAAAUUCAAAUUUAAAGUGUCCGGUGGUGACGUGGAGCAACCUGAUAAUAGAGCAUGCAGAAUGAUCCCAGUGCGAAAUAAUGGCCCAGACUUCUCUACUGAACGUGCUAUUCAAAUUGAGGAUGCGGACUGUUGUAUAUGUCUUUGCCACUAUGAAGAAGGGGAACAACUUCAUUUACUUCCUUGCAACCAUCACUUCCAUUCUACAUGCAUCGUUAAAUGGCUAAGGGUAAAGGCCAGUUGUCCCCUAUGCAAAGGACUUGUUGCACCAAAUGAAUAGGUUUAAAGAGUACAGGUAAAACCCUAACAUGAAUGACAUCUAAUCUUGACUGACUCGAUCAGCUAAAACAAAAGAAAGGGAAACAUCAUAUAGGUCAAGUAUUGCUACGUACUAUUACUAUAGUUAGUUUCGUUAAUCAUGGUUCCAUAAUGGCUUAGAGUCUCCGCUUGUAAUUGGUACUUGGUUGUAAAGAGGAGUUAUGUGGAAUUAUGGAUCAACCAAGGUUGUCUA